AUGGAGGCGGGCGCGGCGGACGCGCUGCUGUCCGCGCUGUGCGUGGCCUUCACCCUCGGCAUGUUCUCCACCGGCCUCUCGGACCUCAGGCACAUGUGGAUGACCCGGAGAGUGGACAGUGUCCAGUUCCUGCCUUUUCUCACCACGGAUGUCAACAACCUGAGCUGGCUGAGCUAUGGGACCCUGAAGGGAGAUGGGACCCUAAUCGUCGUCAACGCAGUGGGCGCCGUGCUCCAGACCCUGUACAUCGUGGUGUACCUGCACUACUGCCCCCGGAAGGGUACCGAGCUCCUGCAGACUGCAGCCCUGCUGGGGGUCCUUCUCAUGGGUUUUGGCUACUUUUGGGUCCUGGUGCCCAACGUGGAGGCCAGGCUUCAGCAGCUGGGCCUCUUCUGCAGUGUCUUCACCAUCAGCAUGUACCUCUCACCCCUGGCUGACUUGGCCAGAGUGAUCCAGACCAAAUCCACCCAACGCCUCUCCUUCUCACUGACCAUCACCACCCUCCUCACCUCCGCCUCCUGGACGCUCUACGGGUUCCGACUCAGAGACCCCUACAUCAUGGUGCCCAACAUCCCGGGAAUCCUCACCAGCCUCAUUCGCCUCUGGCUUUUCUGGAAGUACCCUCAGGAGCAAGACAGGAACUACCAACUCCUACAAACCUGA